GGAUCUCAACAGUGUCUUGCAUUAAUUUUUCACUUCCCCAAUCUCCUUUUGGGUCUGUUUUGUCCCCAUUUCAGAUCAUUCAGAGCAGAUUUCCCGAAGAAAACUCCCUAAGCACGACGGAACUUUUCCUCCAUCGAAGAAUGACAACGAAACAAACUCGCACUGGCUUGCAAGUCUAUUAGCCUCAUAGCAUGCCAGUGAUGCAUUAUGGCGGGAAAUGACAUUCUCGUUUUACCGCCACUUUUCUUAACACCCGCAUGUCAACAAUUACACAACGAAGUUUUAUCGAGAAAAAAUAAAUACCACCCACCACUCAAAGGUCUCACACGCGAAUGUGGUCGAGAACAAGCAUUGCGCUAUUGAGAAUUUAAUCCACGCGCGAGAAAUCUCGAAACGGGAUGCGUCAAUUUAUUCUAAUUAUAGCUUGACCAUGAAAAAACGACACUCGGAAACUGAAAGUCGACUUCUUUCGCAUUUCUCUGCAUCUACUCUAUAGGUUCUAUAAAGCAUUCAAUCGUGAUUUGUGCAAGAAGAUGCUGUGUCUCGCCAGAAGAGGAUAUCAUGUUGGGAUUAGGAACUUUGCCAGUGCGGCUCAGACGCAACUUAAGGAAAUUCUGAGCCAACAGCUGAAGGAGAUCGAAAAUGCCGGCACGUACAAAACCGAGAGAAUCAUCACGUCCGCCCAGAAAACGUCAAUCUCUGUGGCCGGAAGUGAAACUCCAGUGCUGAACUUCUGCGCCAACAAUUAUCUGGGAUUGGCGUACAACAAGGACAUCAUUUCGUACAGCAAGAAGAUUCUGGAAAAGUAUGGCGGCGGUGCAAGUUCUGUUCGCUUCAUUUGUGGCACUCAAGAUAUCCACAAAGAACUCGAGGCGAAGAUAAGUCAAUUCCAUCAGCGCGAAGACACAAUUCUCUACGCUUCGUGCUUCGAUGCCAAUGCUGGGAUAUUCGAGGUCUUGUUGACGCCCGAAGAUGCUGUCUUCUCCGAUGAGCUCAAUCACGCGUCCAUCAUCGACGGCCUGCGGCUGUGCAAGGCAAAGAAGGAGCGCUACUUGCACAGGAACAUGGAGGAUCUCGAGGAGAAGCUGAAAGCCUCCACGGGGAGAAUGAAGCUCAUCGUCACAGACGGCGUUUUCUCGAUGGACGGCAAUGUGGCACCUCUGCCGGAGAUCUUCCAGUUGGCGGACAAGUACAACGCUCUGGUAUUCCUGGACGAGUGUCACGCCACGGGAUUCUUCGGCGACACGGGCAGAGGCACUGAGGAAUUCCACGGUUUGAUGGGCCGCGCGGACAUUAUCAAUUCCACGCUCGGCAAAGCGUUAGGCGGCGCAUCCGGCGGCUACACGACGGGUCCCAAAGAGCUAAUAGAUCUGCUGCGGCAGAAAUCGCGGCCAUAUCUCUUCUCCAACACUCUGCCGCCGCCGGUCGUGGGCACUGCCAUCAAAGUCAUGGACAUUCUGCUCAGCUCCAGCGACUUGUCGCGCAAGAUCAAGCGCAACACGGACCAGUUCCGCACGGGCAUGGCCAAGGCGGGCUUCUCACUGGCCGGCAUGAAUCAUCCCAUCUGCCCAGUGAUGCUAGGCGAUGCCAAGCUAGCAAGUGUGUUCGCCAAUGAGAUGCUGAAGAAAGGAAUCUACGUGAUUGGCUUCAGUUUUCCCGUGGUGCCGAAGGGAAAAGCUCGCAUACGCGUCCAAAUAUCCGCGGCACACUCCGAAGAGGACAUCAAACGCUGCAUCGAAGCCUUCAGCGACGUUGGCCGACAACUCGGCGUCAUUCAGUGAAAACCUUCAAGGUGCAUU